GCGACGAACGUGCCCCAUUCGUGCCCCGUCACUAAACGUGCGCGCCGAUUCGCUGGCUUCUGCGGGUGCCGUGGCGCGUUUUAUAUUAUUGAAUGCAGGUGCCUUUCUCGCGCGCCUUUCAAGUGACGCACUGCGACCUUGCACUUUGGAAACGCGAUGGCUUAUGUGAUCGCUGAGUUCGUUGAGGACAAACAGGUGGAGGUGGUGCCAGUGACCUGGGUGGAGGGUGACAAGUGUGCGUGGCCCGACAACCUCAAAGGCAACAGAGUGACAUCCUUAGUAAAGAAAUCUGUACCACCAGACACCUUCUGGAAGUGCUACAGCGUAGCAGUGAAAGGGGUAUUUGCAACAUAUGAACAAGCAAGGGCCAAACUUAAUGACAGCCAGUAUACAUCAGACCUGGGCACAGGAUCGGAAAUGUCUCAAGGAAAAAGGACAAGGAGGCCACCAGCUCAGUGGUCUGACUCGGAUGAGCCUGACACACCACCGCCACCCAAGAAGGCCAAGCAAAGCUCCAGCAAGCAAAUUCCAGCUCCACCAAGCAACUUCCCACUAGGCCUCUCUUCUGCUUCUGCAGUGCAGCAAGACAGCUGUGAAGAGUCUGAAGGUUCACUGCAAUCACUCUCUGCAGAUGUGAAUGACAUGCCGCAAGGUGGUGCAGGUGGCCCUAGUUCACACAGUGCAGAUGGCUCCAGAUCAUACACUGCAGGUGGCUCUAGCUCACACAGUGACCAACGGACUUGUGUACCCUCAGGUUCCCCUGACGAACUUUCAAACAAUAGCUUCAAGAAGCAUGUGCUCCGACUGCUCAACAUCGUACGUUUUACGCAACAACACCAUGGGGAUUUGCUUGAGAAGUUGUGCAACAUGUAUGCAAAGCAGCCUCUUGGUGGAACUGAUCCACUCAUCGAGUGCCCCUUCCGCAGCUUGGAAGAUUUUAUGGCUUUUGAUGAAAGCCUGGACAAAGAGAAGACUGCGAGUUUGGUUCACGAGUUCACAGACCUUGGAGGGAGGAAUGCCAGUGCAGCGACAAAGCGUAUUCUUGCGUACACCCUUCAUGAUGACCUGGCCACACUUUUUUCGUGGGUUGGCCGAAAGGGGAAACUUAGUUUCUCUAGUCUGAAGACUACAGCUGCAAUUACUGUUGCUGCAAGACGGAUGACAGAAGGCAGCACUAACGAUAUUGAAGACACCAUCAAAUCGUGGCUAAGGCAUGCUCCAGAAAGGGCCGGCAGCCAUAAGAAGCCAAGCGCUGAGGUCUGCCUGCCUCAAGAAUAAGUGGAGGCCAUUCCAUUGUAAAGCACUGCAGCUAUGACCUGAAGACUGCACAGGCAUCAGAGGCUGCUUGGUUGUGGGCGUGUGCAUCUGGUGGAACUUAGGGGAUCUGCUGGGCUACGCCAAGGCAUGUUUCGUGGACUAGAGGCAGCUACUCAGGGAUUUUUUUUUUAACUUUGCACAGUGCAAUUGCAGAAUUUUUUUUCAUGCAUUGGAAGGAUUGUGCCUGUCAUCUGCAUUGUCAAAUCACUUGCAAAGUCAUGCUCUUGCUAGGCUCCAUCAAUAUAGUUUUGUGCAGAAUUUGUGUGCGAGAACUUUUUAUUGUUUUUGUUUUUUAAUGUCAUGGCAGUCUUCUGUAUUGGUGAAAUUGCUACCAUUGCAAAGCCAUGGUUUUCUGAAAUGCUGUUAUUCUGCUACUGUACAAAACUUGUGUGCGAAAUACUUACAUUAGACGCAAGAUCUUUUUUACCUCAA